UCUCUUCAUAUUCUCUUUCUCUACCAAAAAGAAAUUACCCUAAUUGUUGAUGCAAAAUAUGAUGUGCAUUUAAACCCUAAAAUACAAAUACUCUCAUUAAAUUCCUUCACUUCUUCUUCUUCUUCUUCUUCUUCUUCUUCUUCUUCUUCUUAUCUCUCUCUCUCUGUUUUCUCAGUUUUUGAGUUCUCAGGCCGAGUCGCUCUAGACGCGAUGAAGAAGAAAGCCAUUAUGAUUGACGAUGUUGAUGAUUCAGACUCAAUUAUGCAUGAUUACUAUGAUGGUGGUGGAUGUACAAGGUUUAUGAAGAAUGCAAUCAGCAAGCAUACUUGUGCAAUGUCUGAAAAAAUCGAUGUUCCCAUUAUCUGUCUUGAUGAAGAAGAUGAUGAUAGUGAUGAUGAGCGUAUGAUUGAUAAGGACUACAGUGUCUUCUUGGAUCAUCUUAGAAGAGGUGAUAACAGUUUGUUCCCUCCCUUGGAAGUUGACAAUGGAAGAUCUGACACUCGUAGAUACAAGUUCUUUUCUUCUGAUUCGAAGCUCGAGAAUGAGAAUCCAACGAAGAACAGAGCUUAUCAACAGGGGAAGAGCAAGUCUGUUGGAUUUAAGGCUGAAAGAGUUAAUGUCCGAGAAAACAUUCAGCGAGACAACAGAGUUGCUGAACGGAGAAAGCGUAGAAUCGCAGAGUUCGAGGCUGCAAAGACUUCAAGAGAUGUCCCAUCACUCGAAACCCAGCAACAACGACAAAACAAAGCUAGGAAAAUUCCAGAGUUGAAGGCGGAUGCUUUGAGGGCUGUUCCAUCAGUUACAACUCAAGAAGCCAGGCAACGAGACAACACAGUUUCUCAAGGGAGCAAGAGGAAAGCUGGCGAGCUAAAUUCUGAGACUUUGAAGAGACCUGUUCCGUUGGUUAGAACUGAAGAAGACAUUCAACUAGACAACAUAAUUGCUGUAAAUAGAAUGGCCAAAUUUGCUGCAGAGACUUCAAGGGUUGCUCAUGUGGAGCGAGCUAAUAGAGUUUCAGAGCUUAAGGACGUAGAUGAGACUUCAAGGAGCAAAGGAGAUUUUGUAGGGAGAAGGAAGAAGAAUGAGGAGGAGGGUGCAGCGGCUGUCGAUAAGGAUUACAUGAGGUACCUCACAUGGCUUCUAGAUUCUCUUAGAGAUUCCACAACUAAGCCAACGGCGAAUCCUUCUGAUUUGGAUCCUCCAAAUUUGGAUACUCUAAACGAACCUACAAUGGUCCCUGAAACGGAUCCACUAGUGAAAGUGAAGAUUGAGCAGGAUCUUGAGUCUUGGUCUGAUGGUUCUGAUAUAAUUGCCAUUGAUGAUACCCCGUUUUUGGAUGAAGAGGGUACACCGUUUGUGGCGUCCAAGAAAGUGGUUGAUCUUGAUGAAGUAAGUAAAGCGGAUAAUAGUAGUAGUUGUUGGUAUAGAAAGCAGCUUAUGGAUGUUCUAAAAAAACCAUAUGAUGAAAAAGAGUUGAAGCAGCUCCAUCGUUAUGCAACAAUCCAUAAGAAAAUGACCCGAUGCAGAGAACUAAGAAAGGGAAGAGAAAGGGAUUACGAGACUGACGAAUUGGGACAAUCUUAUCUAGAAAGUUUCCCUGAUUUCGAAAAAGAAUACAAACUUGUUGAUGGUGUUGAUCAGGAAAGAGCUUUGAAGUUGCUACGUGGGUUUUUCUUUUACCUCAAAUAUGUUUCACAUGAUGGUGCUUUCAAGCCUUGGGAGGAGAAUCAAUAGUGGCAAACAUAG